AGCAAUCUGCAAAAGAAAAAAAAAUGAGUUUUUUUUUUUUUGUUUUUUUUUUUGUUUUAAAGAAGCUUUCAUCUGGUUCUUUUUACGUGCUGUAAAAAUCUGCAAUUCCCUCUCCCCCCCCCCUCCCUUUUGACCUGUCUGCUUUCAUCUUCAUUGAAUGCCCCUCCUGUGUCCUGUGAUUUGCUUUGCCACGUCGUAUGCUUCUCCACAUAUAAACAAAUAAGAUAAUAUAAUAUAAUAUAUUUAUUUAUUUAUUUAUUUUAAUGGGCCUGGCCGGCAGGUUGGAGAGUAUAUAGGUGCGACGAUGGAGGGAUUGCCGGCAGCAGCAGCAGCAGCUUCGAGGAGUGAGCAGCCGAAUGGCGCACAAGGGCAGCAGCAGGCGGCAGACAACGUGGACGUCGAGAUCGAGACCCAGAAAGCUUUGGCCCUCCAGGAGGGCAAGCUGAAUGAGGCGGUGGAUAAUCUACUGAACCUAGAGAAGCAGUCGCGACUUGCGGCCGAUGUGGGGACCACCAAGAAGCUGGCCGUGGCGAUCGUGCAGUGCUGUUUCGCCGCGGGAGCAUGGAAGAAGCUGAACGAACAGGUAGUGCUGCUUUCGAAGAGGAGAGCGCAGCUUAAGCAAGCGAUUCAAGCCGUCGUGCAAGAAGCGAUGACGUAUAUUGACGCUUCCCCGGAUCUGGAGACCAAGGUGGAGGUAAUUAAGACACUAGUGAGCGUGACAGCUGGCAAAAUCUACUUGGAGAUCGAACGCGCGCGCCUUUCUCGGAAAUUGGCGGGAAUCAAGGAGACCCAAGGGUUGAUUGCAGAGGCCGCGGACAUAAUGCAAGAGGUUGCCGUUGAGACGUUUGGCGCCAUGGCGAAGACGGAGAAGAUUGCCUUUAUUUUGGAGCAAGUGCGGCUGUGUCUGGACCAGAAGGAUUUCGUUCGAGCACAUAUAUUAGCGAAGAAGAUUAACACCCGCGUCUUUGUAGACGAACCGGUGAAGAAGGAGAAGAAGAAAGGUCGGGGAGGUCAGGACAGCGGCGAUGGCGUCAUGGAGGUUGCCGGUGCUGAUAUCCCCCCCAUGAUGGAGCUGAAGCUCAUGUACUACCAGCUAAUGAUUCGGUAUUAUGCUCAUAUGGGUGAUUACCUCGACAUUUGCCGCUCGUAUCAAGCAAUCUACGAGACGCCAUCGAUUCAGGCGGAUCCUUCUCAAUGGAUUCCGGUGCUGAAGAAGAUCGUAUGGUUCCUUGUCCUGUCGCCACAUGGCAGCAUGCAGUCGAGCUUGAUGCACUCGGUUAUGGCCGACAAGAAGCUGGCUGAGCUCCCCAAAUUCCAUGCCCUUCUGAAGCGCUUCGUGACGAUGGAGGUGGUGCGCUGGCCUGUUCUUGCUGAAGAAUACAAGGUGGAGAUGGAGGAAGAGAGUAGUAUUUUUGGCGCGCAGCUUCUUGGUGAUGAUGGCGCCGAUGGCGGCGAUGGCGGCAAAGCUCUCGCCGACCUCCGGCAAAGAGUGGUGGAGCACAACAUCCUCGUGAUUUCUAAGUACUAUGCCAGGAUCACUCUCAGAAGGCUGUCCGAGUUGCUCGCCCUUCCUAAAGAGGAAACUGAACGCCAUUUGACGGAGAUGGUCGUCUCUAAGGCGUUGAUUGCCAAAGUCGAUCGGCCCGCCGGCAUCGUGAAUUUCCAAAUCAGGAAAGAUAGCAAUGAGCUGCUCAAUGGCUGGUCCAUGAAUAUCGAGCGCUUAGUGGAUCUUGUUGAGAAAAGCUGUCACCAGAUUCACAGGGAGACCAUGGUUCACCACGUCAACCUAAACACCGUGCUUUGAUGGAUAUAAAUCAAUUUUUUUACGUUUUUUUUUUUUUGUUUUUUUUUUUGGGAAAAGAAUUGUUCGUUUUUCCGACUUUUGAACACGAUGUUUUUUUUUGUUUUUGUUUUUUUUUUCCCCCAAGUUCCUCUCCCUGGCCCCACCCCCUGAACUUCUGAACACGGUACUCCCACGGCACUUAUGCAAGCCUUGAUCGGUCCGCUCCAAUGAUGAAUUUAGGGUUCGGAUCGUUAAAAGAAAAAAAAAGAAGGCAAAAAAAAAAAAAAAAAAAAAGGAAAGCCGCUGGCUGAGUAUAUACCCGUAUAACCAUUUACGUAUGAUGAUGUGUUCAUACGGAUGUGUAUAGCUUGU